GAAGGCAAGGAAGGAAGGCAGAAAGGGAGGAAGGAGGGCCGGAUUCCCACCCCCGGGAGAUCCUCCCCGCCUCUGCAGAGAGCCGGAGGGAGUCCUCGCUUGCCUGCCUGCCUGCCUGCCUGCCUUCCUCCUCCCGCGGUGCCCGGGGCCUUGGAAGCGCGGCCCCCUCCUCCUCUCCCACCUCCUCCUCCUCCUCCUCGUCCCGCCCCGCCUUCCCGAGCCGAGCCUUGGCGGCUCAUUGCGGAGCGUUGCAGCCGCCGCCGCGAUGGCUACCACCGUGACCUGCACCCGCUUCACCGACGAGUACCAGCUGUACGAGGAAAUUGGCAAAGGGGCUUUUUCCGUUGUGCGACGCUGUGUCAAACUCUGCACUGGACAUGAAUAUGCAGCCAAGAUUAUCAAUACUAAGAAGCUCUCAGCAAGAGAUCACCAGAAAUUGGAGCGAGAAGCUCGAAUUUGCCGUCUCCUGAAGCAUUCCAAUAUUGUUCGCCUCCAUGACAGCAUAUCAGAGGAAGGCUUCCACUACCUCGUCUUUGAUUUGGUCACAGGCGGUGAACUCUUUGAAGACAUUGUUGCCAGAGAAUACUACAGUGAAGCCGAUGCAAGUCAUUGCAUCCAGCAGAUCCUGGAGGCUGUGCUCCAUUGCCACCAAAUGGGGGUCGUCCACAGAGACCUCAAGCCGGAGAACCUACUUUUGGCCAGCAAAUGCAAAGGGGCAGCGGUCAAGUUGGCAGAUUUUGGCUUGGCGAUUGAAGUGCAAGGAGAUCAACAAGCCUGGUUUGGUUUUGCAGGCACCCCUGGUUACCUUUCUCCGGAAGUUCUACGCAAAGAAGCUUAUGGCAAACCUGUGGAUAUCUGGGCAUGUGGUGUUAUACUUUAUAUCUUACUGGUUGGGUAUCCUCCUUUCUGGGAUGAGGAUCAGCACAAACUUUACCAACAAAUUAAGGCUGGAGCCUAUGAUUUUCCUUCUCCUGAGUGGGAUACAGUCACUCCUGAAGCAAAAAACCUCAUAAAUCAAAUGCUAACCAUCAACCCAGCAAAGAGAAUCACAGCUCAUGAAGCUCUAAAACAUCCAUGGGUCUGUCAACGUUCAACAGUGGCCUCCAUGAUGCACAGACAGGAGACUGUCGAGUGUCUGAAAAAGUUCAAUGCCAGAAGGAAGCUCAAGGGUGCAAUUCUUACUACUAUGCUGGCAACAAGAAACUUUUCAGUGGGCAGACAGACCACCGCUCCUGCCACAAUGUCUGCAGCAGCAGCAGCCUCCGGUGCCACCAUGGGGUUGGUGGAGCAAGCAGCUAAAAGUUUACUGAAUAAGAAAGCUGACGGAGUGAAGCCUCAGACAAACAGCACCAAAGGCAGUGCCGGAGUUACCAGCCCCAAAGGGACUCUUCCUCCUGCCGCACUGGAACCUCAAACCACCGUUAUCCAUAACCCAGUGGACGGCAUUAAGGAAUCAUCCGACAGCACAAACACCACCAUAGAGGAUGAGGACACAAAAGUUAAGAUCACUGAUAAUGAGGUUGUAAAAAGCCAUGUGAAUCCAGGAUCUGCCCCUGAACUUCCUCCCAAUCCGCAGACGUCUCUGAUGCCCUCUGCUGCUGCUGCUGCUAUUGCUGCUGCUUCCACCAAACUGUGUGAUGUAUUAGGCAUGGUGAAACGAGGACCUGGGCCCCUAGAAGGUGAAGUAUCAGCAGCACUGGCCACUCCAUCUCCAGCUGUUGUAAACUCUCUGUCUCCUCAGUCUGCCAAACUGUCUGAUGUAUUAGGCAUGGUGAAAAGGGGUUCUGGGCCCCCCAGUGCUGAAGCGCCAAAGCCUUCCAGACCCCUGCUCAGUCUAGCCUCAGGGGUUGCAAAUCCUCUUCCUUUCCAAUCUGCCAAAUUCUGUGAUGUAUUGGGCAUGAUGAAAAAGGGUUCUGGGCCACCAGAAGGUGAAGAGCCAAAGUCCUCAGUCCCCAAUCCAUGCCUUCCCUCCAACAUUGCCAACCCUCUUCCUCCCCAAUCUGCCAACUUGUCUGAUGUCCUAAGCUUGGUGAAAAGGGGCUCUGGAGCCCCAGAAGCUGGGGGGCCACAGCCUGCUCUCACCCCGCUUUUCCCACUUCCACUCAUCACAAACCCUCUGCCUUCAGAUCCACGCAAGCAAGAAAUCAUCAAGAUCACAGAGCAGCUGAUAGAGGCUGUGAAUAAUGGGGACUUCGAGGCCUAUGCAAAAAUCUGUGAUCCCGGCCUAACAUCAUUUGAACCUGAAGCGCUGGGCAACCUUGUUGAAGGAAUGGACUUCCACAGAUUUUACUUUGAAAACUUGUUAUCUAAGAACAAUAAGCCCAUCCACACAACUAUCCUGAACCCUCAUGUGCAUGUAAUUGGGGAAGACGCCGCCUGCAUUGCCUACAUCCGCCUGACACAGUAUAUUGAUGGGCAGGGCCGUCCUCGCACAUGCCAGUCUGAAGAGACCCGCGUCUGGCACCGCCGUGAUGGCAAGUGGCAGAAUGUCCACUUCCACUGCUCAGGAGCACCAGUGGCACCACUCCAGUGAAGAACUCAUGCUGGCUGUUCUGGCUUCUUACCGAAGGAGACGGUGAUUUGAGCGGAGCCGCUAGCCAGGAGCCGCGGUGACAAGCACGUGCCCGCAUGCUCGUGUCCCCCCUUCCCAUCUCCCCCUGUUUCAUUUCCAGUGCCUGUGUUUGCAAAAAGAAAAAGAAAAGAAAAAAAACCCACAUAAGACAAAAAAAUCCAACCAGACUCAAUUCUAAAAAAAACAAAAACAAAAAAAAAACAAAUCAGCAAACCCAGCCAAACCAACCCAGCUGUCCAAUUCGCAGUGUGGCCGCACUACGCCUCCCAUCCCCACCAACCUCCAUUUCUUUGUGUCCGUCCGUCUGGCUGUUCAGGUGACCAGGUGUUGCAAUGAAAAUGUCUCAACUUCAAACAAACCAACAAGCAAAGGCUCCACCUUCCUGUGUCGACCCCAGUGUUGAACGGUGUUAGUUUGUUAGGUGAAAAAAUGCAUAUAUAUAUACAUAUAUAUACAUAAAAUAUAAAAAACAAAACAAAAAACCCACAAAAAACUUUUACAGUAUUUGCAUUCUCUGCCAAAGCAUGGGCCUUCUCCAGUGGUCGUGUUCGCGCUUGGAAGUCUGUGACCUGUGUUACUCUUUGUUUUUUUCUUUUUGCGGAGGAUGCUCUUCCUGAGCUCUCGGGCUGACCAUUUCUUCUCUCCUCUAGCUGUGGUUGUGGAUUAUGAUGAUUAUAAUUAUUCAGACUCUUUCUUUCUGUUUUUCUUUUUUGGAUGGGAGAUUACCCUUUUCUGGAGGAGGGGCCCCUGCUUUCUGGGCCUCUCCCAUGCUAACCAACUGCCGGUAGUUUCCCGGUGAGCUCUCGGCCAUGGCCAGACUGACGGGUUCUUACAUGAAGGGUAGCAUAGCCUUAGAGAUCUCAUUAGAUCUCACUACAGGUUUUUUGAAUUUCUGGAUUCACAUUGACGCUCACAUUUUCCAAGCAUCUCAACCCUGACUUCAUGUCAAGGGCUUUCCAAGAGCAGUGUUGUCAUGCCUGGGCUCUUGCCAUAGUUUUCUGACCACUGUGGGCAGAGUGGGCAGCCUCUGCUUAAUUGCGUUGGCUUGGGCAGUCUUGAUGAUUGGGUUGUAUUUGAUGAGAAGGAGGCUUGACUUUCAUAAGCCUUGUCCUCUCAUGGGAACUGAUGCUCCCGACACAGGAAGGAGCAGAGGAUGCCGUCCUUAAGGAUCCCGUCUUCAUCUGUUUCCCUCAACUCCAAAAAAAAAAGAAAAAAAAGAAACCCAGCUCAGCUUUAAUAUAGGUUUUCUCUUUAAGCCGAAAGAGGAAAGGGAGCCAGGGAAAAAGUCAGUGUUACUUUUGAGGGUUUGCUCCAAGUUGUCAUUAGACUGGAAGGAGGACUGAGCAGUUAUGCUUGUGCUUGCCAUUCUCCUCUUUCUCUCUCUUUACCUUCCUCUUUUUCAUGGGUUCACUUUCAUUGAGAGGUAGAUGACUGGCAAGGACUCAGUUAAAAUUACUCUUGAGUGGAAACCAUUUCAGGUAGCUGCAGCUACAUGAAUUGACUCUAAAGAUGCUAGGUUAAAAGGGGCGAUUCUCCAAGAGGGACCAAACCUUUUUGGAAAGGGAUGCUAAAGGUUCUUCUCGUUUCAGUAGUUGCCAUGUGAAGAAGCAGUGUGAGCUUCCCCCAUUACCACCCACAGCUCUGCAAGCUCCUAAAGGAAGGCAAAUAUUAGCCAUUAUUCCUUGCAUAGGAGGCAGCUGACAUUUCCCAGGAAAGCUGCAAAAUGUGUAAAAAAGUUAUCAAAGGAGGUCCCUCCCCUCUUCAGACUUAUUUACAAAGAAGGCCCCUUGCCAUAUACUCAGCAACUCAUUGCCUCAAGCUCUAUUCCUGUCUAGAUGGUAGCUUGGGGUGUUUUAAGUCACUAUCCUUGGCCCAGAGUCAGCAAGGAAGUUCAGUUCAUUGUAGCCCACAUAUUUCUUCUCUUAUCCCCAGGUAGGAUGCCAUCAGCCUAUUUCUUUGAUAGAUGCAGCGUCAUUAAACAAGCUAUGGUCAAUUCUGUAGAUUCCAACAAUUGAAUUCUGUCAUUUUAAAAGGAAAGAUGGCAAAAACAUGGCAACUUUAUGUUGCCAUCCUAUACCAAUUGACUUGGGAGUAUUGAACUGAGCAAAUCUAACUUCUGCGCUGAUUGAGCAUCAGAAAAGAAAAGCAGUAAGAUGGGAUGUGUUUAGAAUUAGGCAAUGUCCCAAGGUCUUAACGUUGUGCCUUCCCUCACAUCAUACAAAAUAUACCAUCGGCAAGCUGUGUUGCCUCUGCAUGGAUAGAAGGCCACAGUGCUAUUUUUUUCGGUUUUUGAGCCAAAGCUGAGAGAAAAGGGAUCCUUUUAGACUGUAUUGCAGCAAGCUAAACUGAGAAGGGGUCUUCCAUACUAUUUGCCAUUUGUGUCACUUCCCACCUGUCACCUUGCUUUACGUUGACACAUUUGGUUGUCUCCACGUCUACAGUUAAGGUGACUCCCUCAAACUGCUUGGAAAACCACUAUAUGCCCAGAUGAAACUUAAGAGGUUUUACAGGUAAGAAAAUAAAUAUUUAUUUCUAAUCACCCCCACUGCACCUCCAAGAUGGUUCUUUAAAGGUCUAACGAGUUUUCACCAUAAGAUCAUACUGCCUCCACUUCAAGGCUCAUAAGAUGACUAUUAUUAUUAUUAUUAUUAUUAUUAUUAUUAUUAUUAAUAUCCCACCUUACUCUCAAUAAUAGUACUUAAGGCAGCUAACAGCAUAUUAAAAACAAUUCUACUUAAAACAAUUCUAAAACCAGAAUAAAUGUAUAAAUAUACAAUUAAAAUAGUUUUCCAUUAAAACAUGUGUUAAUAAUGACAUUAAAACUUUUUUAAAUAAUCAAAAAGUUCUAUACGGUGCAACAUCCUGCAGAGAAGAGACUCUCUAGACAAUCUUAGUGCCCUAAUGGGUUCAUAAGAAGCAAGUGUGUUGAGAUUGCCAUGUAUAUAUGAAGGCAGGAGCAAUAUCUUUGGCACACGAGGACCUCUAUUAUGAACUUGUAUAUCCCUUGUCUCUAGAGACCACUGAAGCAGGACUGAUUGUUUGGGACCUAGAUGGAUUGGCUUAAAUGUAGAUAGACGUAACUCAAAACCAGAGACAUUCCUGAUUCUGGGGUGGGGGGCAGAGGCGGUAUCUGGUGAAAUAUAUUGCAGGAUUGAUUAUAUUAUUAUUAGUCUAUGAACAGAAAAUGUCCAUGUGAAUUUUCCUGCAUAGACAGUUGAAAUAUGACCAUCCUCAUGGUCUUUGUGAUUUUAUCCUAAGGUGUCUGCAUCCUGCACAUUUUGCAUUAUUGCAGUUCACUUGCCAAGAGGGAUGGGGAUUAGAAAUGUGGUAAAAAGUACUAGUACCAGCAUACUCUUGGCCCAAGCUUGCUUUCACUGUUCUUGCACAUGGUUAUGUGGAGCCUCAGUGUUGAAUUAAAGUAUCAGACUGCCACAUAUCAUACAUUCCAGGGAAGCAGAUGACAGCAUCAGUGUAGGAGGCAGGGUUAUUGCAUGCAUGUCUACCAGAAGAGGUGCAUUUAUAAGGAGGUACUUCUGGUUGUACCACCAGCAACAUUUGGAAGCACUGAAAAAGAAUGGCCAUCUAUUGUUCUUUGUCACCACUCAUAUCAUGGUGUUAAUAUGAUAGGAUUGUAGAAACCCUCAAUUUAAAUAUCCAUUCUUGCCAUCGUCAUAUGUCUACUAGUUUCAAUUUAAAGGAGAGUUUCAUAUUUGUCAGAGUACAUGACAGAUUUACUGUUCAUAUGAAGCAAAGUGCAACAGAAUACAUUACCAAAGCAUGUAAUGGGUUUCCUUCAACAAGUCCUUUAGAAACUGGCUUUGGUAAAAGUUCAUUGCUUCAGCUGCAGAGCUCCUAGAAUCACUUAAUCUUGAAUAUUGUGUCACUUCUCCCUACAAGUUUCAAUGUGUCUAAAAGAGUGUGAAAGAAGCUUUAGUGGACUCUAGUUGGCAGCUCCAACAAAAUUUUUGGAUUGAGUCACUACUAAGCAGUCUUCCAUUAUUAUUAUUGUUGUUGUUGUUAUUAUUAUCACCACCACCACCACCACUCUUUGGCAAACCAUUUUGAUUUUCAAGAUAACCCUUACACCAGCUUAUUGUGGAGUAGCUUCCACAUCGUAUGCUUUUUGAUGUCAUAACAGUUUGUUUUGCUUUCACUCACCAGAACCAGUGAUAGAUUAACUGUGUAUAGUCUCUUCCAAUGAGUAGUAUACAUUUUCAGCAAACAAGAAUCCGUAUGUCCGAGCAUAAAAUCCUACUGCAACUGCAAGAUUGAUAAUGGAUGAGCUAAGCCUCUCAUGCAAAUGAGCCAUUUCCUGCCAAAAGGACAACACAUGCUUAAACUGAGUUGGGCCACUGCUGAGUUUUCUCUGCAUUGACAAUUGCCAAUUCAGUGCCACAACAGAGGUAAUAAAGCCACAAAGAUCAGGCAUAUCCAGUUGAACAUCUGUCCAGUAAAUAGUCAUAGUUCAGUGAUGCAAGACUGAGUAUGUCCAAGGAAUACUUCCCUCUUAAUUCCAUUUGAGUGUCAUGUUUUAUUUAGGUCGUACAGUUUGCUUUAAAUUUUGGCACAUGGCAUUUAUAUAGAUACUGGUAUCUGCAGACAUUAUUUACAACUCGCCACAUGCAAUAAACAAGUACAAAUGUAUGUGAUUCUCUUAGUUCUAGUUAGCCCCAAAAACAUGAGUCCAAAAGAUUAAGAGUGCCUCUGUGCUGAUUUAAUAAAGAUUGAAUUUAUAGUGCUAAUUUGAAUUUAUAGUACUUUGAAUAAGAUUUUCCUGCUUCUUGCAGGGGGUUGGACUGGAUGGCCUGUGAGGUCUCUCCCAACUCUACGAUUCUAAUUUUAAAAGAUUCAAGUAUAGUCCAGCUGAACAGCAUAGCCAAGGUCAAGCAAAGAGACUGUAAAGACUCACUUCUUCUUUGAAGUCACUACAGGCCACAGUUUGAACUAAACUUGGGGAAACUGACUUGUUCUAAUUAUGGUGAGUUAAAACAAACUACAAUCCAUAGUUAGAACAAAUUUCUAAGCAGGAAUGUCAGAGGCUCAUUGCGGUUUCCUGGUUCAUCUGAAGCAGGCCAUUUUUUAUUGGUUAGGGCUUUGAUCACUUGGUUCUGUUGGGAAGCCCUGGUUGUUCUGUGUAUCUUGUCAACAUUAGUUGAAAGUGGUCACUUUGACAGCAGACUAGUAUGAUGGGUGCUGUGUGCUACCAUAAAUGAAAGCAUGCAAAAUGGGUAGGGGCUGGCUGGAUUGCUGAUAUAAAAAAAACUAUAUGGAUUCUAAUUGUUUAAAGCUUUGGAUACUUGUACUUGUCAAAUUGCAAAAUUAGGCAAACAUAUGUUUGACUAUGCUAAGAACUAAGAAUGUGCCUCCCCGGGAGUAACGCUGUAAAUAAGCCAAUAGAAUGAUCAGAUUUUAAUGCUUAUGCCAAUAAAAGAAAAUGAAAAUGGAGCAGGUUGUCCCACAGCAUUUGUACCAGCUUUAGAAAUCAUUGUCUAUAUUGCUUUUUAACCUUUCGUCAUCCAAAUGAUUCCAAGAUUUCACCCAGGUUGCUUGACAUAUGGACUGCCAUGGUUGGGAAAAUUUAAUAAAAAGUAAGACAGUGAUAUUUUAGAGAAUUGCCAAGAUCACAAUGGAGGAUACUGGGCCUAAGCAACAAUUCCUUUCUGUGCAGCUAGCAGUUAAAAGCACAUGAGCUUAUAUCUGCCUUUGAUAAACAAAGGUUAAUGGGACAAUACUUUACUAGUUUCUGUGCCUCUUAACAGUCAAGCAUACAUAACAUUUAACAGGUGACUCGUGUGGGAUGCAGUCUAUAAGUGCAUUCCUGGGGAUCUACAAUUGAGUAUACAGAUGUCAGAUUUACCUCUCCUAGCUUUUGUUCAGCUGAGAGAGUGUGUUUUGGAUGUCUGAUAUCAGUUACUGGAAAAGGUGAUCACUUGUAUACAUUUGUGCUUGUAUACAUUUGUACGGGAAACUGUAGGCUAAUACGUCAGAAUCUAAGAGAAGGAAUUCUAUGUGCACUCUCAUUGAUUCCCAAUAAAAAAUGCCAUCCUAAGCAGAAAUCUCCGUUAGUGUGAGCUGGACUCACAGUGGAUCAAGCUGGGCAAAUUUGCAUGUAUUGUAUACACAUUUGAUUGUAUAAUCUUAGGAUGCAAGGCCCAAAUGGCUCUGCUCUGCAUUGCAAAUGUGCAGAUACAGGUCACGGUGUGGAAGCAUUAGACUUCUGGAAUAGGUUUGUGGGGAAACUGUGAGGCUGAUAAAGAAUCCAAGUGGCAAUGAGAUAUUGGAACCUGUUACAAUAAGGAAGAUAGAUGGGUGCCUUUAGUAAACUUGCCAUUUUUUAGACAAAGAAAAAUAAAAAUGGUCUUUUAGGUGCAAAAGUGAUUUGGCCCUGAAAACAGAAGCUGAGACUUGAGAUACUUGAGAAAAAUGCUAGCAAAGCUAAGAUGGUGUUGUCCUUUGGCAUACUUCUAGAUCCAAUGAUCCAAUGUUGUGGGUCCAAUAUUCUGGUCCUGUGAAUCUCUGGGAGACCUGUGGAUUGUCACAAAUGCAAGAAAAUAUUGGAAGUGUUCUGAAGUUCACUACUGUUGUUUUGUGUUUUAUAUAUGUAUUUAAUUAUUAACCAGAAUGGGUGGUUACUACAACUUAUUUGAAAGUGAGUUGCUGCUCCUGGAGGCUUCCCCCUCCCCAGUUUUCACCCUCAAGGAUUCCCCAUAGAGCGGUAUUGAUAUCCUAAAUGCUGUUGUUAGGCCUUGCUGUUAAUCACUGAGCCAAUGGAAUUUAGGUAUGUGACAACUCAAGAUUCAGCAGUUGGUUGAAUGAGGUAAUACUAACUGGGCCUAAAAAAUAAUGUCCACCUGUGUUUUGUAAUUUUAUUCUAAAAUGCCAGUACAGUCACUGUAUAAAAGCGGUCUCUGUCAUGUGCAAGACCUUCUAAAAUCCUCCUGUGAAACAAGCUAAGGAUAAUACUAGUCUUGAUUGCCAGUAAUGCCAUAUUAACUCAUAUCCAUGCUUGGACUUUUUUCAGUGAUCUAAGUACUGUGGAGCAAUGCAGAAUAUGUGCCCCUUAGUUGUGUUUGGACUAUAAUUCACAUCAGCCCUAGACAGCGGAGAUGAGAGAUGAUAGAUACUGCAGUUCAGUAACACCCAGAGGGGAAUGUGUCCACCAUGCUUUAGCACCAAUUCUCCUUUUUGGCAGAGUAAGAUUCAUACUUCAUUCUGUUCACAGAUCUAAUAAAUAGGUAGUCUGAUUCCUAAAAGAAGAUUUGUGGAAGAUGGUUUCUCCGUAGAUUUGCAGACAAAAUCUAUAAACAUGUCUGAUUUCAGACAUUCCAGGAUGACAGGCCCAUAUGGCAUGCAAGCCAUACGCAGCCCAGAGAAAUCCACAAGAAAAACUACCUUAUAAAAAUUAAGUUCCUCAAAAGGGAAUGCAAUCAGGAAGAACAGGCAGGUUACAGCACUCACUGUUGAAAUCUCAUUUGGCCUGGUAGCAUCUAGAUCCUACCUAUCAAGGUGUUUUUAAACAAACAGCUGCAUAUUCGGCAAUGCAAGUUUCAAUGCUGAGAAAGCAUUUGAAUGUGAGGUGGGAGAUGUACAAAGUCUAUUAUGUGCCUUGGGGCUACGCCAUGGUUAAAUUGUUAUCAUGCAAACCUUAUAUAAAAGAGAAUGUAUUUGCACUUUAAUUUCCUCAUCACCUAAAGCAGGGGUGGAAAUCAUACCACCCUCUAGAUGUUGAACUGCAACCCUCAACACCCCAGUCUCCUUUGCUAGGAGUACAGAGUGCUGGGAGUUGUGGUCCACCAACAUCGGGUAAGCCACAGCUCAAGAACAAUAGACACAAUCCUAUUAUCAUUACUGAGGGCCUUGGCUGCCCUGUACAAACCGAUAAAGAAUUAGGGGUCUUCCAGAAUAUCUUUACUAUGACAUUGAAUUAUUGAGGUGAGAUUGGGCUCAUCUGUUCAUUCCAUUGUUGAAAGGUAGACACAAGGGACAAACUCUGACAUUACAAAAGGGAAAACAUGGGGUGUUCUUGUGACCCCAGCAGGUGGAUUCCAUUGAGAAGCCGAGUGGCUUCUGUAUGCGGUCUUUGUCCAGGCCAUGGCCAUCACCUCAUUCAGCAUUUUCACAUGCCUAAUGAAUGUAAGGGCAAUUUGGACUAUGCUAGCAUCACUGGACAGGGGUGGGCGAGGGGGGAGGGAGAAAAGGGAGUGGGCUCUGGUGUGGGGAGGGAUGGAUGCCCCACCAGCACUGACACAACAUUGAAAGCACUUUAUCUUAAGAGAUUAGAUCUCAUUCCUACCAGUCCCAGGACCGGGCAUUGCACUACACUGCUGUAAGCGCUGGACAAAGGUUCAGAGGGAGGAGGUAAGAAUUAAACAAUACUCUUCUUUCUGGAUGAAGCUUUGGCAAGGAUUUUUCCCUCCCCUAACCCAAUUGUGUCCUUUGCACAGAGAAAGGGGUGUGCUAAGGAGACCUGAAUGAAGACUGGUGAGGUUUAAGUUAACAUGUUCUCCCUCUGUCUCUUUCAAACAAGCAACCUAACAAACUGUUAAAGCGACUCUUCUCCCGCACCCCUUUCUGCACACCCACCAAAGGGUGGAGAGUGCUUCCAAGCCAGGAUCCUACAGUGCACAGCAGGGAGGAGAUGCCAUUCAGAGCCAUCACAUUCUCGCUGGCUUGCCUUUUGCUCAGAGAACCUUUAUUUCUGCAUUUCCUUUCCAGGGGAGGGGUUGGAAGCAAGGGAGGUGGGUAUCAGAUUAAAAGUGCAAAGAGUGAGAAUUCACAUAUGGGGGCAUAAUAUAAUAUGCUUGUAUGGUUUCUGUGGAAGACAGACUUGAGAAGUGUCUCUACAUCCAUGUAUAUGAAAAAAAAAUUACAAGCCGCAUGUUGAAACAGGUGUUUCAUUAUUAAACAUUAAUGUACCGGGGCCUCCUCCCCUUUGAUGUUCACCUUGUUUACUAUGGAACUAAGUGCGUCGCUGGGGGUAUUUUUGGAAUGGGGAGGGGGUUGUAUUUUCUUUUGCAUGACCUUUAAAGAGAAAAAAAAUCUAUAUAUAUAUAUCUAUGAGAACUAAAAGCAAAGCUGAGCUGUUAGUCUGUCCCAUGAAUGCUGGUGGAUCUUUUCCUCUUUCUGACUUAACUCUCCCUUUCUUUUUCUUGCCAUUUCACUGUCUUUUUUUCUGAGCCUUGUAAGUGUAAGAAUGAUUCUGACUUUGUUUUUGUCUCGGAAAACUGCAAAUAAAACACAAAAAUGGG